ACGCAGACAGCCGGGACCUCCCGCCCCCCUCCAGCUUCCAGCCCCUCCUCACUAAAAUCGCUUAAAUCCCUAUAAAUGGUUGACCCUUCUCUGCAUGUUUGUCAAAUUUCCCUGCCAGCAGAGCUCAAGGAGACUUCCGCUUUGUCAUUCUUGAGUGCUGUGGACUUAAGUAAGCUUUAUCUUCCCAGCACGAAGGCUGAGCUGUAAGCAGAGCAAAGCAGCACAAAGUCUGCGUCAAUUCCUCAGCUCUGAAACGAAGCGAAAUUAGCAGGAGCUGCCUGGCUCCUUUCGGGCUCUUGGAGUCACUUGGCUGGCUGCUGCUGGCCUCAUGAGUUACAAUGACAAGAUGGAAUUCCCCGUCUCUUCUAACAAACCUGGCUUCUGUCUGUUGAGUGUUGCAGUCUGGGAGUCACCGCUCCUCCUGUGUGUCUCGGCUUGGUGUGAACUUGUUUGGAAUGACGUGCGAUCAGUGUUGUCACUUAACUCUGAUGUUGUCUCUUUUCCCUUCCUUUCUGCCUGCCUGCUGCUUUCAUUCUGUAGUAUUGGUAUUUGCCAUUCAUUUCACCUUCUGCAUCUAUGCAUCUCAUGAACUCAGAGCUCUUCACGCUGACGUACGGCGCUCUGGUCACCCAGCUGUGCAAGGACUAUGAGAAUGAUGAAGAUGUCAACAAGCAGCUUGACAAAAUGGGUUACAACAUAGGAGUUCGGCUGAUAGAAGAUUUUCUGGCCCGAUCCAAUGUUGGAAGAUGCCAUGAUUUCCGUGAAACUGCAGAUGUUAUUGCAAAGAUAGCAUUUAAAAUGUACCUGGGCAUCACUCCAAGCAUCACCAACUGGAGUCCUGGAGGUGACGAGUUCUCUCUGAUCUUAGAAAAUAACCCCUUGGUGGACUUUGUUGAGCUCCCCGACAACCACUCCACUCUCAUCUAUUCCAACCUGUUGUGUGGAGUGCUGCGAGGUGCCCUGGAAAUGGUUCAGAUGGCCGUGGAUGUAAAGUUUGUCCAGGACACACUGAAAGGGGACAGCGUCACAGAAAUAAGAAUGAAGUUCAUCAGGCGGAUUGAAGACAAUCUUCCAGCUGGUGAAGAGUGACUCACAACCCAGUCUCCUUUAAGGCUGGAGGGGACCAGCUGGUGUUGGCCAUUAGCUUUCAUCACAGAUCUGUAGGGAUCUAGUGCCCCUGUACAUUCAGACUGACUCACUGACUGUUUAAGAUGUUAUUAUAUUCUUCUACUGUUACUUCCAUUUUCUGUAGAGGACUAUGAUCUAGUUGCUGUUUGUUUCACAGGUUCAUUCUGAAGCUUUUUCAUAAGGUGAUGUCAUUUUCAUAUUCCCCUGGGAACUCUUUCUACACCUAGUUUCUAACUGUGAUGUUUGGUUGUGAAAGAACUACUCAGAUUCUAAAAGAGCUCCAGUCUGUCCAAACCUGAAUCCAGGUUUUAUAACUAGAAUUGGAGACUAAGGCAUAAGAACCCACUGACUUACUGUUAACUGCUGUUCUUAAAAAGGGUUAAAAUUCACUUGGAGAUAAGUGCGUAGAAUUUCUGUAGUUGGUACUAGUAAAAUGCAGGCUUGACGUGAAGGGGUGAUGCCUGACAGCCUCCUGGGGAAGCUCCUUUCCUCGGAGAGCAGCAGCAUCACGCUGCACUCAGAUUCAGGAGACCCACAUGGUUCUUUCUGCUGUUUCUCUUCACAGCAGCAUUGGUGAAAGCAGACCCAGCAACACCUUCCUCCAACAGGACGUUGUGUGUAGUCCCACCAUUCCCCUCUUAGAAGGGCAGAGCCAGUAAAUUGUAUAGGAAAACCACUGAGCAUUUUGGAUAGGAGAAAGGAACUAGCAGCUCUAACAGCAUUGUGUUGUGCAGCACGCACAGCCCAGGGGCUGUGUGCUGAGCUCACAGAACCAGAAACUCAAACUAACAACUGGAAGGUAUUAAAUGCGUUUCAGCAAGUAUUGCCUGCUCUCCUGUUACAGCAUAUAAACACUGCACAGUGUGGAGGAGGAGGUGGGAGGAUAUUCUUACACAGUUGUUUAGGCUACAGCAGAAUUUCCCACGUUACUUGAAUUGGCACGCCAUGGCAGCCUGUGACACCUGCUGCUCUGCAGAGCAGAAGCAUAAAGUAGCAUUAUCUCACACAAAGCAAGAUGAUGGAAAAUCAGCUUCCUCCACCAUCCUGUUCAGGCAGAAAACAGACAUUCAAUUCUCGAAUCACUUUACAUAGCAUGAAGGCACAAACCCACAGAGAGAACUAGGAGCCUGAGGUUCUUAGCUCUAACUGCCACAAGAGGGGAGCUCGCAGGCUGGGUACCUUUGUAUGUUUGUGCCUGAGUGUAAGGUGUGAGAGGAAGGUGCAGAGAAGGGCACAGUUUGUGCUGCUAGCUACUGAGGUUCUCCAGGCGUCUCGGGACAGCUCACCUCAUCCCUUUUUGCCCGAGGGAGUCCUUCAGCCAAAGGGUUUGGGUGCCAGGUUUGGGGUGCAAAGGUAGGAAAGCUCAGAUGUUUCUCAUUGUUGACCAUUAUAAAUCAUUUUAAGGCUGCAUUUUAAAAGCUAUUGCAUUAAAAGAAUCCCGAUGUCGA